UUGGAGAGAAAUACACCAAAAUAAGUUUAGUUCCGGUGCCUGGGGUUGAGCAGUUGAGGAUAAGAGAGAGAGAGAGAGAGAGAGAGAGAUGGCAAUUCAACUGAACCACCUCUACGCAUCAACUUGGCAGCAUGGGCAACACACAAAGCAAUUCCUCUUCACCUCCACAAAAACAAGACCACUUCAAAUUAGUGCAGUUAUGCCCAGCAAUGCGAAACUGCUAAUACAGUCCGGUGUGGUCCGGCCUAUAUCGCCAAAGGAAGCAGUCCCGGCCAUGAAGUCUGAAGGAUUUGUACUCUUGGACAUAAGGCCCGAGUGGGAGAGAGAAAAAGCACGAGUUUCGGGAUCACUGCAUGUACCACUCUUCGUUGAAGACAAAGACUAUAGUCCCAUUACUCUUUUGAAGAAGUGGGUUCAUUUUGGGUACAUUGGGUUAUGGACUGGCCAAAAUUUCACCAUGUUUAAUCCUGAUUUUGUUCAGCAGGUGGAGCAAGCAGUUCCUGAUAAGGAUACUAAGCUUCUUGUAGCAUGUGGUGAAGGGCUAAGGUCGAUAAUGGCAACUUCAAAGUUACAUGAAGGAGGAUACAAGAACUUGGGAUGGUUGGCUGGAGGGUUUAACCGUGCUGCUGAAGAUGAUUUCCCAGGAGUUGAAGGGAAAGAAAAACUGCAAUAUGCUACAAUUGGGGGUGUAUCGUACUACUUUCUACAAUUGCUGUUGCUUCUUCAAGGCGUGGGUAAGAGUAAUUGAUUAGCUCUUCUGUGUGAGAGUAAUUAGAAUCCCCUCUGUUACAAUGUCAACUAAUGUGUUAAGAGUAAUUUGAAUAACCUAUGUUUCAAAAUAUUUUUGUAAAGUUUAUGUUGUUGGUUAAUUAUGAACACGAUGUGAUAAAACAAACUUAUCUAUCCGGUUCUCAUGGAUGUAUAUCGUUGAGAAACCCAA